GGCGCUUGCGAAUUGCACACGGCGGCGGGGCACUCGUUUGCGGGCAAGCACAAAGAGAGAGAGAGAGAGCGAGAAGAGCGAAGGGACCUGUGCGGCAUUAGCUGUCGCUGGGGCAAAUUUUUUUUCUUCUUCCCUUUUUUUUUAAAAAAAAAAAUGGAUGAACACCCGGGAGGAGGUGGAAGUGGCGGAGGAGGAGUAGGAAUGGCCGCGCCGAGGCAACAGCAGCUCCAACAACAACAACAACAGCAGCAGCAGCAGCAGCAGCAGCAGCCGGGGAAUAAUAAUAACAACAUGAAUCCCCAGUCCGGGGGAGGAGGGGGUGCCUUGGUGGUCCAGCAGCAGCAGCCGCAGCCGCAGCAGCAGGACGAGAUGCCUCGGCCCCAGCAGUACACUAUCCCGGGGAUCCUGCACUACAUCCAGCACGAGUGGGCCCGGUUCGAGAUGGAGAGGGCGCACUGGGAGGUGGAGAGGGCCGAACUCCAGGCCCGGAUAGCAUUCUUACAAGGAGAAAGAAAGGGUCAAGAGAACUUAAAAAAUGAUCUAGUAAGAAGAAUAAAAAUGUUAGAGUAUGCGUUAAAGCAAGAAAGGGCAAAGUAUCACAAAUUAAAAUACGGAACAGAACUAAAUCAGGGUGACUUAAAGAUGCCAGCCUUUGAAUCAGAAGAAACCAAAGACUCAGAAGUUCCAGCAGUUCCUCAGAACAGCCAGUUAACGUGGAAACAAGGCAGACAGUUGCUUAGACAAUAUCUUCAGGAAGUAGGUUACACAGACACGAUAUUAGAUGUCCGAUCUCAAAGGGUGCGAUCUUUACUAGGUUUGUCAAGCUCUGAGCAAAAUGGCUCAGUAGAAUCAAAAAACCUGGAACAGAUUCUCAAUGGAGGAGAGUCUCCUACAAAACAAAAGGGACAGGAUUUAAAAAGGAAUCCAGGAGAUGUUCUGGAAACAUUUAACUUCUUAGAAAAUGCAGAUGACAGUGAUGAAGAGGAUGAAGAUGAGGGAGAUCUUGUAGAUGAUAUCACGGAUGGAAAGGAAAAGCACAGAAUUAACAAGAGGCAUAAAAUCAAGAUUGGCAAUGAGGGACUGGCGGCGGACCUCCCCGAUGACCAGGACACAGAGGAGGCCCUCAAGGAGUUUGAUUUCCUAGUGACCGCAGAAGACGGGGAGGGCGCCGGGGAAGCCAGGAGCUCGGGCGAUGGAACGGAGUGGGACCGAGACGACCUGUCCCCCACUGCGGAGGUCUGGGACGUAGACCAGGGGCUAUUAUGUAAACUGAAGGAGCAGUACAAGAAGGAGCGGAAAGGCAAGAAAAGUGUGAGGAGGGUCAACAGGACCAAACUGCAGGACAUGAUAGCAGAUCUGAGAGAUGAUGAGGUACCCCACAUCCCUUCUGGAAUCAUUAAUCAGUCUAGAUCAACUGCUUCUCAAGUGACUGAUCAUGAAGGUUCGAGAGCAGAGGAAGCCGAGCCUUUAACGUUUCCAUCUGGAGGUGGCAAAUCGUUCAUUAUGGGUUCUGAUGACGUCCUGGAAAGUGUCCUGGGCCUGGGAGACUUGGCAGAUCUGACCGUUUCGAACGACGCCGAUUACAGCUAUGACAUGCCAGCUAAUAAGGACGCUUUUAGGAAGACGUGGAAUCCCAAGUAUACACUACGUAGCCACUUCGAUGGAGUUAGAGCCUUAGCAUUCCACCCUGUAGAGCCUGUGCUGGUAACAGCCUCGGAGGACCACACUCUCAAACUGUGGAACCUGCAAAAAACGGUCCCAGCCAAAAAGAGUGCCUCAUUAGAUGUGGAACCUAUUUAUACAUUCAGAGCUCAUGUUGGGCCCGUGUUGUCAUUAGCGGUUAGCUGCAGUGGAGAGCAGUGUUUUAGUGGUGGUGUCGAUUCUACCAUACAGUGGUGGAAUAUUCCCGGUUCUAAUGUAGACCCAUACGAUACAUAUGAUCCCAGUGUACUAAUGGGCACGUUGCUUGGGCACACUGAUGCUGUAUGGGGUUUAGCUUUUAGUGGUAUAAAGAACAGGCUACUGUCUUGUUCAGCAGAUGGCACUAUUAGGCUAUGGAAUCCUCCUGAGAAGUCACCAUGCAUCAGCGCAUACAAUACCGACAAGGAACACGGCAUUCCUACAUCCGUUGAUUUCAAUGGAUGUGACCCGGCCCAUAUGGUGGCUUCUUUCAACAACGGCAGCACAGUCAUUUACGACCUGGAGACUUCACAGCCGGCAGUGGUGUUGCUGUCACAGGGAGAAGGAACUCUUCCUGUAGCUAACCACAUACACAGGGUGGUCAGUCAUCCCACGCUGCCCGUCACCAUCACAGCUCACGAAGACAGACACAUCAAGUUCUUUGAUAACAAAACGGGUAAACUCAUCCACGCAAUGGUGGCCCACCUUGAUGCCGUGACCAGUCUGGCUGUGGAUCCUAACGGAAUCUACCUGAUGUCAGGAAGCCACGACUGCUCUAUUCGCCUUUGGAACCUAGACAGCAAGACGUGCGUUCAGGAAAUCACGGCCCACCGGAAAAAGUCUGACGAAUCCAUCUAUGAUGUAGCUUUCCAUCCAUCAAAGGCAUAUAUAGCCAGUGCAGGUGCUGAUGCCCUUGCCAAAGUAUUUGUUUGAUAGCAUAUACCAACUCUAAAUAGCAGGUGAGCUUGGACACAGAAGAGGGAUUGCUUCACUGCAUUGAGUAAUGAUUACCAUUUAGACACUACAUCGGAGCUGCCUUUCCAUCGGGGCCUCAGAAGAUGGAUGAGGCAGGGAGCAAGAGGUGACUUUCUCAGCAAACUCCUUGAAUAAAAUUCAUUAAACUGUAAUUACUGUAAGUUAAAAACAGGAAACCAGUAUUUGUAGCCUUGACUGGGUUCGAACUGAGCUAAUAUCUGUUAUGUAGGUGUAUUUAAGUAAACGUGGAGUCUGAUUUUACAACGGUCGAUUAUUUUGGACUCUGUGUACUGCCUUAGGGAUAGGACUGUGGUGCUCUGCUUGGGGAAGUGAGCUCACAAAACAGCUAUACUCAUUCAGUUAGUGCCCUUCAGUUGGUUUUUGAGCUCACAGGUUGCCCUUUUAAUCUUCAUUUAGCAUUAAAAAAAAAGGUUUAAAAUAAAUUGACUAAAUAUUUUAGCGUUAGUUUCAUGAAACUUUUUUUUGCGUAAAAAAAAUCUAGUUUUUAUAAGCUUUUUUAUAUAUAAAUAGCCUGUCAUGACAGUGCUUAAAUGUUUGUUUAAAAAAAAAAAGUUUUAUUCACAACAGAAGGCCCUGCUCAUGUUGGUCUCACUGACCCACUGCGAUGUAACCACACUCUACCCCUCUACACUUCUGAGAUGAUCUCAACUAGUCCUAACUUACGGAUGCUAUUUCUGACAUUGCUUUAAAGCCGUCUUACAACAUUAUUGAGGACUUUAGGAAAAAAAUAGAGUUCAGUUCUUACUGUGAACUCUUAAAAAUAAAUUGAAGCAUCCUAUCACUAUGUGAUAUUUUUUGUACAUCUUACUGUAUUUACAAGUUUAUUUAUCACGGGUUAGACAUCUUAAUGCUAUUGGCCUGUUAUUUAUUUCACUUUCUGUUAGUCUUUUUUUUUUAAUUUUAGUUGAGUCAAGUGUGAAGGAGCCCAAAUGUAUCUGAGACGGGGCUCUAGCAGACAAACAGAAAUUCAAAACAAAGGAAAGUUAAUAUAAACAGCUGUUUUAAAGUACAUAUUAUUUUAUGUCAGAUAAUGGAGACUGAUCUUGGAACCGCAAGACAAUGCUUGAGAUCAUGAAGAGAUCUUUUUUUAAACUAGUUGGAUAAUUGACAUAGCAAGCAUUGGUCAGAACUUAUGGCUCAAAAUCUGCUGUGUUUGGUUAUGUUUUCCCUGUUUUUAUUUUUAUUUCCAAACAUGCUUCAGUUUAUGGUGUAACAAAAUAUUUUUUUGUUUGUGUAAUGCAUGAUUAAUACAAUAAAGUAUUUUUUCUAGUCUUCCACAAAAAAAAAAUUCUGAUCAGUUUGCGAGUUUUGAUGAGUUUUGUAAGGUUUUGUUUUACAAACUAUGAAUCAGCAAAUUUUUAAGAUUGUACCACAUAGCAAAAGUACAGCUGUUGAAAAGUAAUGUAUAUAAAAUGUCUAUAAUAAAUAUUAAAUGGUGUACCUGUA